CUGACCAUACAGCGUUGAUCUAGCUACCAACCUGUGCGAGAAAUAACGUAUGGUUGAUCUAGAAUGAGGAAACAGUCAAUAUUUGCUCAAUAUCUCGUCGUGGUUUCUGUGGACAACUCUUUCAAGACGGAUUAAGUAAACACAUUUGGAACAACAAAGCCUCUUUAGGAAAUAGUCGCAACUGGUCAGACUUUGUCGUUCUUUUUCGGACAGUAUUUUACUUUUAGCUGGGAGUGGUGGACGGUCGACGGCGCCAUACAUGUACCUACCGCACCGCGUACCGGUAUGUGACUUUGCUGCAAUGCUGGUUCGACUUGGUCGCGGUGUAUUGCUAUAAUGCUAAGGCUGUUGGACAUGCAUGAACUGAUUCAGGACAUUUUGCAACUUCACGAGUCGGGGGGAAACUACCCCAAUGUAAUACUGAUAUCAUGAACUACGGACGUUAUAUCUUUUCUAUCAUUCAUUAACUCAUCCUUGGCUUUGCUUUUCAAACUGAAGAAGAUCAAAGUGCAUGUGCAGAGUGUGAAGACUUAUUUACAUCACUGACAAGAAGCAUUCAACUUUAAGUUAUCUAUUGCCUUUGGAUUGGGUAACGCUUAUCACUAUAACGAUGGCUCUUUCAGUAGAUUUCAAAGGUUUAGACUCUGAUCUUGAUCAUUCUGUUGACAAAACCGAGGAGUUCGACAGGAAGCCCAGUAAAGGUGAAGCAGAGUUAAACAUGACCCAGGAGGAACGACAAGCGUUGCUUUACGCAAGCGGCAGCCAAACCUCAUCCAACAAUGGCAACUAUUCAAGUCAUAGCUCAAGCAGCAGCAGACUUGGGCCAAAACAUUUCAGCCCAGCUCGGUACUGGAAAAACCUGAUAGUUAUCGGUCUGGCGUUUAUGCUCACAUUCAGCGCAUACAGUGCGCUGGCCAACUUGCAGAGUAGUCUGAACUACAGUGCAGGGCUUGGUGUCACAUCGUUAUGUGCUAUUUACAUUGGUGUGAUCAUAUCCAGCUUGCUAUCACCACUUGUUAUCUGGGUUUUGAAGGUGAAAUGGACCAUGGUUGUCUGCAGCGUGUUCUACGCCAUCUUCUCUGCAAGCAACAUCUACCCCGCCGUUUAUACGCUCAUUCCUGCAGCAGCCUUGCUGGGAUUAGCUGCAUCACCCUUCUGGACGGCGGUCGGCACCUACCUUACAACAUCGGCCAUCCAGCUUGCAGAUGUGCAGGAUGGCAUCCCAGAGCCCAUCAUCAAUCGCUUCAACGGUGUGUUCUUCUGCUUCUUCCAGUCCGCUCAAGUAUGGGGCAAUCUCGUCUCAUCACUUCUUCUUCACAAUGAAUCUUCCUCCGAUACGAUGACCAACUGUGGACGCUUCAGCUGUGGAACCGGCAUCAGCUUCAACGUCACCGGUGACGUCGAGAUGGCUGAGGAUCAAACACUUAUACUCAUCAUCAUCUACAUCACCCUCGGUCUCGUAUCGACACUCAUUUUCAUCUUCUUCUUGGACAGUCUGCCAAAGGUUUCUCACAGAGAGAGUAAAACUUGGAAGAUGCAUCUGUCGGACCACCUGGUAUCUACGUUCCAGUUGAUGAAGACCCCGUAUCUCUUUCUCAUGAUACCACUCAUGAUCUACAAUGGAGCAGAACAGGCCUUUAUCAGUGCAGAUUUUACAAUGUCUUUCGUCAGCUGUACAAGAGGUGCCGGUGAAGUCGGCUACGUCAUGAUCGGAUUCGGUGUUGCCGAUGCGCUGUCCUCGGUCAUCUUCGGCCAGCUCGAGAAGUACACAGGUCGGAUCGUGAUCUUCUUGUUUGGGGGUGUGGUCCACAUGGCUCUCCUGAUCGGCUUUGAGGUGUGGAACCCGGAGCACUCGGCCACCUGGCAGCUCGUCAUGUUUGCCGUGGGAUGGGGUAUCGGGGACGCCGUGUUGCAGACACAGAUUUCAUCUCUGCUAGGCGUGAUAUUUCCAGAAUCUCAGGAGCCCGCCUUCGCAAACUUUCGACUGUGGCAGGCCGUGGGUUUCGCCGUGACCUACGCGUUGACCAUACCGUCGGCCAUAUGCGUUUGUCACAAGAUAUACGGACUCAUGGCAUUUCUGACAUUUUCAAUGAUUUGUUACAUCAUAGAGGAGUAUAUGAUUUCGAGACCAGCCCCUCCCUGGACGGAUUGAAAUGGAUGAUUUUUAUUGCAAGUGAUGCUUGCGAUAUUAGACAUACUUUUGACAGUCUCAAAACAGAAUUAUGCACGCAUAAUAUAUAAAUACGUUUAUCCAGAUUUUAUUGUAUUCAACAAGGCUCAUUAUACUUGCACAACAUUACAUGUAGUAAUAACCCUCAUUGCACACAAGGCAUCAUUUUCAGUACCUGGGUCAGAACUUGCACGGUUUCUGAACACCCCAUGUGAGAGUUACAUCUAUCAACGGCAUGAACAGUGCGAACAAUUUGAACAUUGCGUUGAAUUACUGACGCAAGUACUAUUUGCUGUCAUAUAGGAUAAUUUAUAUGUCCUUGUAAUGAUGCCCCAUCUGCAAUUCGUUUAAGGAAAAUGUAAGAAGUGAGAAGGACAUAGUCUAUACAUGUACAAGGAUACUCAGGAAAACUAAUUUAGCUUAUGUAAAAAGGGAGAAAACUGUGACCGGAUGUAUAUUAUUUUGUUGCUAUUUCAUUUGUGAUAAUUUAGCAAAUAUCAUUGUACAUGUAUCUGUAGUAUUCCUCAAUGUAGAAAACGAAACUGCUAUGCAUGCAUGCAAGCUUGUUCUAUUUCAUUGUGUUUCUACUUUUUGUCAAUAUCUUUCAUCCAGGAACUUCAGCAGAGCCAUUGUAUUGAAUAUUGGUAUAUUACUAAUGAUAACAUUUAUAUGCAUUGGUGCAUUUUCACUGUAUGGCAAUUCCAUGGGAGUCCUGAAAAGGACUGUUGGUAAUCUUCCUUGAGUAGUCCUAAAAAGGACUGUGGUAGUCCUGAAAGGACUGUUGGUAAUCUUUCUUGAGCUUAUAGUUCUAAAGAGAUCUAUAGUGCCGGUAAGAGAGGAUGGGUAGUAGGAGGAGCUGGACGUUUCAGACAGGUUCUCUAUCCGUCGUCAGGUCUACACAUGUACAAGAAGGAUUACCAACCAUCCUUUUCAGGACUCCCCGAUCCCGAUCCUCCUCCCCCCC